GCGGGAGAGUUUUAAUACUGAUAGUCGGAAAGAGGCGUUAAGUGACUUUUAUUGUCAGCCGUCUUUAUUUACUCGAGCAAAUACAGGACAGUUUUGACUGUAAAGUAGAUACUUAAAGUAAUAAUCUGUUUUACCAUCACUUGUUGCUUUGUUAGCUGAGUAGUGAUGAUGGUUUAUUUUAACCUAUGUAGCAUACCUUCUGUUUAUUGAUGUGUCCCUAUUUUCAGAAAUUAGAUUAUUUUAAGCCAGUUUUUGGUGUCUUCCACGCUGAAUCUUCUUUAGAACGUAUCGUUAAUAAACACAACUGUAGAAAACCAUGGGUCCACAUUAUAUAGCAUCAGUUGACUUGCAGCGAUUCUUAGGGUCAAGUCUCAUAAGUCAUCAAACACAUGGAAAAACGAAAAUGUACCCAUCUGAUUUAGGAAGACGUUUGGAGAAUGGAGGUUCUCGAAGUGCAGGAGCAUCAUGGAAUGGCUACCAAUUACCUAUGUGUAACUAUCAAUCCUGUAAUAGUCACAUGCCUCAGUUCGGUCAUUCCAAUCUGAACUACCUCGUCUGGACAGGAGUUCCCUUGGUAAAUUUGGCAAAUGGUGUGUUAAAUGGUCAUGAUAAAUGGAGUUAUGAAUUAUCCAGAAGGAAUGAUUAUGAAAAGUGUUUGACUCGAACGCGUGAAUAUGGCAUUUCUCAUGCAUUAGAAGAGAACGUUCCUUCCAAGUCUUAUUCCAUACCUAUUCAUUCUUAUGUUGAUGCUAAUAACAUACACGCGCAAGAAACUCCUCCAAUAUUUCCAGAAGAAGACAAAGAAACAUCUUUGUUUAGGAAUUUGGAUGAGGUAGAAGGGCACGGUUUUUUCUCGGUUGAAGGAUUCCAUCAACCUUGUCGUUUUUACUCGCCUGAAGACUGCUAUGGUAUAAAAGAGGUAAAUCCCUUGAUAUUCUCAUAUCCUACAUCGUUGGAUCAUCAGCAGUUUGGAGAUGAAACGUCGCCUGUUAGUAAUGAGUCUUAUUACAGAUACGUACCUGAACUAGUUUGUCAAGUACAACAAAAUGAUUCUUUUGGUUUCAUGUGGAAAGAAUCCUUUGAUAUCACAGAUAACUGUUUGCCACAAAUUGUAAAACCACGCAAACGCUUAAGAAAGCAUAAGAAUAUGUGUACAUUUCAAGAUCAUAUCAGUAGUCGUAGCGGUAUUUUAACAUUGAAGCCGUACCAACCACUGUGCUAUAAGUAUUCUAAUUUUCAAAAAAAUCAAGCUAAAAUGCGUGAAAUAGAAGUUAGUAACGAUGACUUUAAAAAUAUACAAUCACAAAGUCUAGUGAUUGAAAACGUGUCUCGAAGUCGAGCUAACAAAGCGCUGAUGGCCGAGUUAAGUGAUUCUGCCACUAUAAGUUUACAGUCACAAAGUUUGAUUGGUGAUGACUCAUUUGCAGCUGAUUCGAUAUCAUCAAAUUGUUCAUCAGUCUUGACCAAUUCAGUUUCUCAUUAUAAAGUUUGUUAUCCACAUGUUACACCACUGUAUUCCGAAUGUGAAUAUUUCGAAGAUCUGUCGUCUUCCCUGUUUCUAGUGGCACAACAGGACCCAUCGGACCAGCUUACAAGAAAGGAACCUGAAAUAUCAACUACAGAACUAGAGUCUGAAGUCCCAUCUCGGUUUUUUACAUCGUGUUAUGAAAGUAAUGAGUUGAAAAUGAACUUUUGUCCCAGGUUGAGUUUGUCUGAAGAGAACGAAAUGAACAGAGGAGAUAAAUUCGAAACCUACGUCACCCCAGGAUCAGAACCGUCAUCUCAUUUUUAUAUCAGCUCUUUCACCUCACCUUAUCCUCCCCAGAGACCAUGGAUUUCUUUAGAACAUCCAAAUAGACAGAGUCCCUCAUGUGUUUUCAGUGUAAUGUGUUACAAUAUACUGUGUCCUAAAUAUGCCACCCGCCAGAUGUAUGGGUACUGUCCAACUUGGGCUCUCAGCUGGGAGUACAGGCGGAAGUGUAUAAUGGAAGAGAUUAAGCACUAUUCUGCAGACAUAAUAUCUCUACAGGAAGUUGAAACUGAUCAAUUCUAUAACUUUUUCCUCCCUGAACUGAGGAAUGAAGGCUAUGAUGGUAUUUUUUCACCAAAGUCAAGAGCAAAGAUUGUUCUGGAGAGUGAAAGGAAACAUGUGGAUGGUUGUGCCAUUUUUUUUCGCUCAAACAAAUUUUCUCUUAUAAAAGAACACCUGGUGGAGUUCAACCAGUUGGCUAUGGCUAAUGCUGAGGGGUCUGAUGAUAUGCUGAACAGGGUUCAGACAAAGGAUAACAUUGGUCUAGCAGCACUUCUGCAAACUAAUGAGGGAGCAUUUGAGAAUGGGGUUUUGCCUGGUUCUUCUGAAAUUCAUCAGCCCUUACUGGUGUGUACAGCUCACAUACACUGGGAUCCAGAAUAUUGUGAUGUCAAACUCAUUCAGACUAUGAUGCUGAUGAGUGAAUUACAUGGGAUUUUGGAAGACGCUACACAGAGUUUCCGUCCAGGCUCUCAGAAGCCUGAUAUCAACAAUAUACCUUUGCUUCUCUGUGGAGAUUUCAAUUCCCUACCUGAAUCAGGUGUUGUGGAAUUUCUAACUUCUGGAAGAGUAUCUGUAGAUCACCCAGACUUUAAGAAACUAGGUUACAAGGAUUGCCUCCGAAAACUGAGUAGCACAGAUAAAACAAGUGAAUACACCCAUUGUUUCAUGUUAGCCAAUGCUUACAAAGAAGAUUUCAUGACUUACACAAAUUACACGUAUGACUUCAAAGGUAUCAUUGAUUACAUCUUCUUCCCUACAAAACACAUGACAGUCCUGGGGCUACUAGGCUCACUGGAUCUGGAAUGGUUGAAAGAAAAUAAGAUUGCUGGCUGUCCUCACCCUCACAUCCCAUCUGAUCAUUUCCCACUACUUGUGGAGUUUGAAAUCACUCCUCAGUCGAGUUUUCCAGUUCUCCCCAAUGGACUGAUACACAGUAGAUAGCAGCUUUAAUAUUUGCUGUGGCCACAAGGUGGUAGAAUUAGCUGAUUGGCCCAGUUAGGGCACAGCUCUCUACAUUAGGGGUAACAACGACUUUGGCAUUUCCAGAAGCAGCUCUGUACUCCACAUCAUCCUCAUUCAUGCAUCCCUUCCAGUCAUCACAAAAAAUGUAAAGUUUUUAUCAUUCUUUUUUUAAGAAGUUUCACUUUCAGGGCCCACAGUGUUUUAAAUAGACAGCCUUUAUAUAUAUUUCAUAAAACUUCAGUUUGCAUUUACAGAACAGCCAAUGUAUUUUUUAGUGAUUUUAAAAAACAAAAUGUUCAAACUGUCUGAAGUGUUGUUAUUAAUUCAUGUACCCAAUUGAUAGCUGUGAUGCCAGUGUACGUAAAU